CACACACACACACACACACACACACACUGAACUUAGUGCUCUUGGCACAUCUAUUUCCCGGUAACAGUACAGGAGAGGACCCAGUCUGAGCAACAGGGGAACAAAAUUCAAAGCAGAGGAAGAAAUCCAGGACAAAUUACAGGCAUAUAUAAAAGCUGACCCGAGGAUGGCAAGAUCCUUAAAGAGACACAACAGUUCUCUUACUCACACCGAAUUUUCCUAGUGCAUCAGAGGUGAGACACAGUCAUGUCUCUUCCACUGGACCUGAGCUCCUUCAACAAGGAUGCUUCACUGGGCACGCUGGAGAAGCAGCUCAUCUGUCCGAUCUGCUUGGAAGUCUUUACCAAACCUGUGGUGAUUCUGCCGUGUCAACACAACCUCUGCCGCAAAUGUGCUAAUGAACUUUACCAGCCUUCUCUGUUCCAGGUUGGGAUUGGAGGUCGAUUUCGGUGUCCAUCCUGUAGACAUGAAGUUGUUUUGGACCGUCAUGGUGUUUAUGGGCUCCAGAGAAACCUUCUAGUAGAAAAUAUUAUCGAUGUCUACAAGCAAGCAUCGGCAAGUUGUAGACCUCCACCAAAACCACUUGCACAAAUAAACUGUGAAGAACAUGAAGGGGAGAAGCUGAACAUUUACUGCAUCACCUGUCAGAUCCCCACAUGUUCACUAUGUAAAGUGUUUGGAGCACAUAAGUCCUGUCAGGUGGCCCCCAUCUGUGAUGUAUAUCAGCAGCAAAAGACCGAACUCAGUGGUGGAAUUGGGUCCCUGGUUGCCACUAAUGAGCGCAUCCAAGCAUGCGUUAAUGAUCUGGAGGAGAUCUGUAGGCGUAUUGAGGAAAAUAGCGGAAACCAAAAGCAGAUACUGUGUGAGAAGUUUGAUCGUCUGUGUGGUAUCCUGGAAGAAAGACGUAAGAUUAUGUUGCAGCGAAUCACAUACGAACAUGAUGAAAAGACAAGCUGGGCCCAAAGCUUGGUACAUACCUACAGUGAGCAUGUUGACACAAACUCAAAGUUAAUGCAGACUGCAUUAAAUGCCAUGGAAGAGCCAGAGAUGGCUGGAUUUCUUCAGACCUCAAAAAGCCUUAUUGAACAGGUGAGCGAGGCAACUAAAUCUGUUCCAUUGGAGACCUUACAGCCUGGAUAUGAAAACAUGGAUCACUAUAAGGUUGAUUUUAAUGCUGAGGAGAGGGCUCUCUACCAGCUUGAUUUCAUCAAACCUGAAGAGGAAGUUGAAGAGCCUCCAGAAGAACCAACUCCAGAACCAGAGCCAGAAGUGUUACCCGAACCUGAACCUGAACCUGAACAUACAACAGUGUACAGUCCAAUAGACAGCUCGGAGCUAGACCAAGAACUGAAAUUGGAAAACUAUGAGAUAAAGACUGUUUUAAGUCAGACAAAGGAGGAAAACCAGGCACAAGCAGAGGGGUGUUCAGCAAGACAAAAAAGUGGCAUAUGUGAGAAAACUGGACUGAACACACAACAGGGCCAGACAGAGUUAGUGUAUGAGGGGCAUGAUUCAGGAAUCCACUGUUUAACCUCAGAAGCUGGUGCAGAGACUAAGCUCUUCCCCGCUUGGCUUACACUCAACAACAGGCCAAUGCUUAACCAAAACCACACAACAACUCUGGAUUCUUGGGAUAUUCCUGAAAAUACACCCAAACUCAUGAGUGAACCCUCGGGUCAGUUCCAGCAGACAGAGACACCUCUGUCUGUGUGGAUGAGUGGCAGCCUUAUGCCUCUUUCUAAUGAGAACCAGCCCGAACUUGGAAGCCCAUUAGAGAGCAACCAACCAAAUAUGUCAGAGGUUGACAAGAAUAUUUGUUGUGAGUUGGCCUGUGGGGCUGCCAACAAGGAGAGCAUGGCUUCUGUAUCUCCACAGGGUGAACCCUGCUCAUUGGGAGCCCAGGACAACAGAGAGAUGGAGCAGAGCACUGAUACAAGCUUUCACAACUACUCUUAUGCCCCCAUGUGGUAGAAAGGCAGAAGCAAGCAGACACAAACAAAUAGUCAGAAUGCAGCUUCGGAUCUCUCAGAGGUGGGAGUCAGCUCUCCUGCUGUUACAAGCGAGUCAGUGCGUAUCAGCUUCUCCUUCUCCUGGCUGAAUCCACUUGCCAAGAAGAAGUGAUUGGUCUUCAGAGGGAGGCCAUCAGGUCCCCAUGCUAUUUAUAUCAUCCGAACAUAACAUACAGGCUUUACCUCAGGGCAAACAAUGUUUUCCAGUACUGCAGAUGCUUCAGUGCAUAGAUGCUAUUGUAAUUCAUAAAAGAUGUACGCACCAGCUAUAAGUACAUAACAGGAACCACAUAUUGGCUUACAUUUGCUUCAAAUAGAAUAAAAAAAAAAUUUAUUUUUACAAAUGAUAUGGAUAUGAAUUGUAAAAUAUCUGCCUGAGAUAGAAGUUCCCUAAAAGUAUGAACUUGGUGGCUAUGAGAAAGGCUUAGUGUUUAGAGAUAUUUUAACACAUUUGUUUGUGACUUGAGAAGAUUGAAGCCAUACUGUAUUGCAAUAUUAAAGUGGUGCUCUUGGCAUGGAUGUGAAAGUAUUACAUUAGAAAAUGUGGCAAUACUUGUUUAUUAGACUGUUUGUGCUGUUUUCAAUAUCUGUUACCGGUCACAAACAUAUUAAGCAAUAUGUAUGAUGAAUAAGUUAAGCAAUGUUAAUGAUGAUUAAUAAAAUGCACUA